AUGGCACACCGCGUGGCACACCGCAUGGCACACCGGAGCAUGCUGUCUAACGCGUAUGGCGAUGGCGCAUUGCCAAAAAGCCUCGACAAGGAAAGCCCCAACACGGGCAGCCCCAACAAGGGAAGCCCCGGCAAGGGGAGCCCAGGCACGGAUAUUCCCGGCACGGGCGAGGCGUCCAGCACGCAGGUUGCGACGGAGGUGGUGGUGGGAGGGCUGCGGCUGACCUUCCGCAAGCAGCGCUGCGUGAGCGUGCCCAAGAAGGCGAGGCGGAGCAGCGUGACCGUGUGGUGGCACGGCCGUGGGGGCACGAGCAACGGGGGCUACGGCUAUGGGUAUUCGAGCCGUGUGGAUUCGGGCAGUGCGGCGGGCAGCGUGGCGGAGAGGGCCUCGUGUGCGCAGGUCAAGUUCUUUAGGAAGGGCGGCUGCCAGGGCGAGGAGGUGGAUACAGAAGGAAGAUACGCCGCAGCAGCCACAGCAGCCGGAAGUUACUCCGCAGCAGCCACAGCAGCCGGAAGUUACUCCGCAGCAGCCACAGCAGCCGGAAGUUACUCCGCAGCAGCCACAGCAGCCGGAAGUUACUCCGCAGCAGCCACAGCAGCCGGAAGUUACUCCGCAGCAGCCACUGCAGCCGGAAGUUACUCCGCAGCAGCCACAGCAGCCGGAAGUUACUCCGCAGCAGCCACAGCAGCCGGAAGUUACUCCGCAGCAGCCACAGCAGCCGGAAGUUACUCCGCAGCAGCCACAGCAGCCGGAAGUUACUCCGUAGCAGCCAGAAGUCACGCCGCAGCAGCCGGAAGUCAUGCCUCAGCAGCCGGAAGUCACGCAGCAGCAAUCACAGCAGCCGCAGCCAAAGGACGGUAA